UUAGCAGUGUUGUAUGAAGAAAACCAAAGAACAUUUCGUGGAACACAGGAUUUUCCAAGGGGUUAAGACAAGGACUGUCUGGGAUAUCCCGCGUUUCGUCGUCCUAUUAAAAGUGUGUUGAGCUCCUGGGCAGUCAGUUGUCCCGCGUCCAGCCUUGCGGAAACAUAUGUACACAUCCUCUUAAUAUUCUACUCCAAUACCACAACCGUAUUUUGUAGUGUGUGAUCAGAUAACUAUUGUGAUACGCAUUAUAGAAGUCGCGUGUAAGCACUGUGUAUCAGAAUUUUACACAAUAUUUUCAAAGUGAUAAAGAGUAACAGACAUACAUCACGCAAUAGUAUGUCAAUAUUUUAAAAACUGAGGCGGAAGAGUUAAGUGGUUAAGAAAGUGAAGUGCUUCCUUAUAUGAUGACUUGCCAAGACUGUUGUACCCACGCCUCUCACAGUCUUAUGUUUUGAUAAAUCAGAAAACACCAGAAAUUUAACGAGUUUCAGUGCAGUGUGUGUCAGCGUGUGAUAUUUGGUAAUAAUGAAGAAACUGAUGAAGAUAUUACCGUUCUUUAUUAACAGAAAAAGCACAGUGGAGGAGUGUUCGUUCAGAGACAGCGACCAAACUUCUUUUCAACUCAACGGCGGGAAUUACCAGAGUGGAGGGAGGCAGGCGGCAGAGAGCACUGGGAGGUUCUCAGUACUUGACGUCACAGUUAUAACCGAUGACGCGGCCGCCUCCCUCGUGUCACUUCCUGCCUCACAACUUGAUGAGCAUGAUAGCUUGGAGUUUAUACCUCCGCUCUUUGUGGCUAUCAAAACAGGUGAUGUCCGGGGGUUGCGGGAUAUCUUGGCGGUGGAUGCUAAGGCGGCCAGCAGACCCAAGUACGGCGGCUUCCCUCCUCUCCAUGCUGCCUGCAACGUCAAAAACCUGCACAUUCUCAGGGAGCUCCUCACCAAUGAUGCUAAGGUAGGGGCGUUAGGAGGACUGGGCCACACGGCGCUGCACCUGGCUGUGAGUGAGGGUUGGCACGAAGGCGUAGCUGAGCUGCUGCAACAUGGGGCGUCACCAGACGCAAUGUUAGAACCACCGUCCACCGUUAAAGGAAUGCACGUGGAGACCUCCCUGCAUAGUGCUGUACGACGUGGGGAUCUUACAUCCACUGUCCUCAUGCUGGAACGUCAGCCAGACCUUACCCUCACAGACAGUAACAACUGUACCGUCCUUCACUUGGCUGCACAGGCUCGCAGUCCUGAAAUUAUUCAUCAACUGCUGCAGAAGAAGUUACCUAAUGAAGUGGUGACUGUAUGCGACCGUGACAAUAACAGUGUCCUGCACAAGGCACUACUGAGGAACUGUGAUGCAGCUGAAGAAUCAAAAGUGUGCAGCAUCGUAGAGGAACUUGUCAAAGCUGGAGCAAAAGUCAAUUCCAUCAACAAUCAGGGAGAAUCUCCCCUUUUUUUAGCUGCUCAGCAAAGGUUACCGAAACUUGUGGAACUUCUCCUUUCCUUAGAGGCCGACCCAACAAUAGUGACCCGCAGAGGCCAGUCAGUCCUGCACGCCGCCUGUAAACAUGGCUGUACUUCCUGUCUAGGCUACCUGCUCGCCACCAACCUCGUCAAACAUCUGGUCACGGAACCGGACAAUGAAGGUCGCGAACCGUUUCAUUAUGCCGUGCAUAGCGGAUCUAUAGAUUGUUGUGAGUUGUUGCUAAACAAUGGUGACCACUUGACGCGUUUAGACAAAGAUGGAGUCUCUCGUUGUUCCCUUAUCCUGGAGCAUCUUCCGUCGGCCCUUCAGCUCCUCAGGCGUCUGUUCGACGCUCACGUCCUCCUCUCCAAUAACCCACAACACGACGCAGACUUCCGCGUCACCUUCGACUACUCUGUCUUGUCUUCGGAGAAGGAGGGGAUUCAGAGUUCCCUCACUUCGGAGCUCUCAAACUCGCGCCUCGAGGCUCUUCUCAAACAUCCUCUCCUCGAGAGUUUCCUCUUCAUUAAGUGGCGCAAAAUCAAACCUUUAUUUUAUUGUAGUGUCUUAAUUUACUUGAUGUUUCUCUUGGUACACACCACGUUUAUAGUCAUGACGUACGGAGCUAACUCAUGGAACUGGCAUGACAAGAGGGACCUGCUGACCAUCUUCAUACUCAUCCACGUUGUUAUGUUUCUACUUAUACUCAUUCCAGAUUUGAUCAUCAUGUUUGCCAACUUUAAGAAAUAUUUACGGCAGUGGGAGACGCUAACCAAGAGUAUUGCUCUGGGAAGUUCAGCUAUUGUUGUGUUUUCCAACAUUAUUUUUUUGGACAAUAAAACUUCAGAAACCACAAAUGUGAUGGCUGACAACGUGAUAUCAAAUAUAACAGCAGGAAACUUCUCACAAAAUAGCAAUGUCAGUGAACUUGGAACGGGAAAUUAUAACAGAAGUCGGGUUGAGAUGCCACUUGUGCAAAGUGCAGCUGCCAUCUCUGGCUUCUUCUGUUGGGUGGAGUUCAUGAUGCUGCUCGGCCGCUUCCCCUCACUCGGUACUUACGUCCUCAUGUUUUCACGCGUCGCUCGGUCCAUCAUCAAGUUCAUAGCUGCUUUUUCCAGCCUCAUCAUCGGAUUUGCCAUCAGCUUUAUGGUUCUGUUCCAUAAUCAAAAGCCAUUCAAAAGUUUUCCUUUAAGUUUGGUAAAAACUCUCAUGAUGAUGAUAGGAGAAAUCGAUUACAACAGUUUAAUGUCGGAAUUAGAAGAACGAGUUCUUAGCUGCAUCUUCUUGGUCUCGUUUCUCUUCCUAGUUUGUGUUUUAAUGGCCAACCUUCUAAUUGGUCUGGCUGUAAACGAUAUUCCGGACCUGCAGCGCCAGGGUAAAAUCAAGAGGCUUUCGAAGCAGGCCUCCUACUUGGUGUCGUACGAGAAAUUGAUGAUAAUCGCUCGUAACAUGAGCUGUUUUCCUCGUCAGCUGCGCAUUUUGAUGAGCAGCCGCUGCAGGAUCCCUCAGAGGGUGAAUGUUUUGCCCAACAAACACCACAGCUCUACUCGGAAGUCACUGGAGCACAAUGUACCCUCAGAGACACUUCAAGAAGCAAUCCUGCUCGGUAACUGCGAAGACUCAAACGAUGACCUGAAUAACAUUGAAGAGGAGGACCUGAUGGGCCAGUUUAAAUCUUUUAAACUGAAGUAUGCCCGUGACCGUCGGGCACUGAACCGCAGGCUAGCGCAGCUCCCAGAUAGCACUGCUACCGAGAAAAUGCUCAAGGAAAGCAUGGACCAGAUGCAACAAAUAGUACAGAAUCAACUGACACAACUCUCCCUGCAACUUCAGCAGUAUAACCAUAACUGUACUCAUUGCCAUCCUUUACCCUCAACACAGAAGCAACGGCAGCGAAAUAGACAGCCACAGGAGGUAGAGUAUUAUCCCCCAUAUUCUCAGAACCAGUGGCCUACACUCUCAGUCCUUCAACAGUCUGUACAAACCCAGUCAGUGCCUCUACAGACUGUAAAAACACAGUCAGUGCCUCAACAGACUUUACAAACACAGUCAAUGCCUCAACAGAUUUUACAAACACAGUCAGUGCCUCAACAUACUUUACAAACACAGUCAGUGCCUCAACAGAUUUUACAAACACAGUCAGUGCCUCAACAGACUUUACAAACACAGUCAGUGCCUCAACAGACUGUACAAACACAGUCAGUGCCUCAACAGACUGUACAAACACAGUCAGUGCCUCAACAGACUUUACAAACACAGUCAGUGCCUCAACAGACUUUACAAACACAGUCAGUGCCUCAACAGACUGUACAAACACAGUCAGUGCCUCAACAGACUGUACAAACACAGUUAAUGCCUCGACAUUGUGUUCUUCAGCAGUCAGUUCAAAAGCAGCAAGAGUCGUACAUCCAACAACCACAACAUCCACUGGAACAAUCACAAUAUACCCAGCACCAGACAACACACCAACCUUUGUCGCAGCAGCAGCAGCUAACGCAUCGAUACUUAUCGCAGCAACAGCCUUUGACGAGAGAGUAUGUUCAGCAAUAACCUUCUACAGAGCAGCAGCAGCCAACACAGCAACAUAUGAGGAAGGAGUGUGUACAUCAACAACCAACUCUCCCUCCUACCAUCUACAGAACAGUAGCCAAAGCAGCAGUUCCAGGCACCAGGGGCAGCGGCAUCACUCUACAGGGCAACCAAGUUACUAACUAUAACUAUUGUUCGUCCAGGAUCCUGUCGUGUAGUGUUGCGUCUCCGUAACAAAGCGUGUUGACUUUUGGGCCUUCGUUGUUGAGCACACAGACAUUAGUACACUGAGAGUACUUCUAAUAGGAAGCAUGAUUGUAAAGGAAGUUAUCCAAGUAACGGGGUGGUUUCUUCCUUGGAAUAAAGUGAGAGGUUACGGAGGUAAGCGUCAUCACUCAGCCUGUGUAGGAAUGCAGCUGAGUCGUGGCCUUUAAAGGACCUUGACACUAAGCCAACUAACUAGAACAAGUUGGGAAAGAGAUCCUCACUAAGACUGAAAGAUUACAUGCCCAGUACUUACCAAAGUGCGUAACAGAAACGUGACCAACCGCUAACGAGCCGAUCAGUGGCUUCGAAGAUGUAUAUUUAUAUUGUUAAUAUGUUUAUUCUGUAUAAUGUAUAUUUUAUAUAUAUUUAUAAACUUUACAAAGAAAAUAAAAGCGUUAAUGA